AUGUCGCCUUAUAAGAAUAUUGUUGUUGUCGGUGCUAGCGGAAGCACUGGCAAGAUAAUUAUCGACGGCCUUACAUCAAACUCUAGUUUCAAUAUCACUGUGCUUUCUCGCAAGGAAAGUAAAGCGACUUAUCCAGAAAAUGUGACAGUCCGAACCACAGAUUUCUCUGAAGACGAUCUCUCGGAAGCGCUGAAGGGCCAAGAAGUUGUCAUUUCCGCCCUCGGAGUCGAAGGCUUUGAUCAACAGCAAAAGCUAGUUGAUGCUUCUGUCCGUGCUGGUAUCAAGCGCUUCUUACCUUCUGAGUUCUCAUCUAGUAGUGGGGAUCCAGUUGUGCUGGAACUACUACCAUUGUUUGAGGUCAAGAAGAAUCUUAUCGACUAUCUUAAGUCCAAGGAAAAAGACGGAUUGAGCUGGACUGGCCUAGCCACUGGUCUAUUGUUCGACUGGGGACUCGCAAAUGGCUUUCUUGGAUACGACAUCAAGAACCGAACCGCCAAAGUCUGGGAUGAAGGCAACAAAAGGUUCACACUGACCAACGAAAAGCAACUUGCACAAGCCAUCAUUUCAACGCUGCAGCAUCCUGAAGAAACUCGAAACCGCUACCUCUACGUUUAUUCAGUUGUGACUACACAAAAUGAGAUUUUGAAUUCCCUGGAGCAAGCCACUGGUGAGAAGUGGAAUGUCGAAAGGACUACCACUGACGCAGAGGUCACUGAAGCGAGAAAGAGGUUGGGUGCUGGAGACUUCAGUGGUGGAUUUAUUCUUGUGCACGCGACUACUUAUGGAAACACGCAUGGUCUGAGAGCGAAUUAUGCCGAGGAAGAAAGUUCAGGGAAUCGUGUGUUAGGUCUUGGGACAGACAGCGUCGACGAAAUUGUGAGAAAGAUGGUCAGAGAUGCAAAUACCGCUGUAUGA